AUGUAUCUGUGCUCUACUUUCCUUCUCAUCGCCAGCCUAAUAGUCGAGUCUCUCACUUACACCCAUCCCAUCCCUCCCGGGUGGACUCUCCAUCGCCGUGCGGAUCCAGAUACUAAAUUACUUGUCCGACUUUCUCUGGUCCAGCCAAAUUUGCAUAACCUCGACGCAUACCUCCUCGACAUCGCUGACCCCCAAUCCCCCAACUAUGGACAGCACUGGACUCCCGAACGGGUCAAGGAGACUUUUCGUCCUUCCCAAGGAUCCGCUGACGUUGUGCGCUCCUGGCUCGUGAGCAACCUCGACGCCGAGUCUUCGACCAUCAUUCAGACCGACGAAGUUCUCAGUCUCAACAUCAGCGUCGCGCAGGCUGAGCGCAUCUUUACCACCAAUUACAACGUCUAUCGUGCGAACAAUGGGUUCGAGCGCGUUGGCUGCCACCAAGGACACAACUUCCCCGCUCAUGUCGCUGAGCACGUCGAAUUCGUUUGGCCCUCACUGACGUACGGCGGCCCGCGUCUAACCCGUCGGAACAGCCCUCCCACCGUCAAAGGUGCUCGGGGACCUCGGAUUGUCCAGCCCAGUGCUAUUGACGUGAAACACUGCGACGAUGCUGUGACACUCGACUGUUUGCGCGCUUUGUACAACUUUCACUACGAUCUCGUUGCUGCGAAGAGGAACACCGUCGGCGUCGCCGAGUUUGGUAUGCAGUACUACAAUCCUGCGGACCUCGACAUGUUCUUCAAGCGCUUCGCUCCAGACCAAGUCGGCAAUCAGCCUAAGCUGAUCAGUAUUGCAGGCGGACAGCUCAACGAAUCCGACCCAAACCUUGAUGACUUCGUCGAAUCGUCUUUGGAUCUCGAGCUGAUGAUGGGGUUGCUUGGUCGCAAGCAAGAGGUCUUCUUGUACGAGGCAGGGACAAUGGAACAGGACCCAUUGAGCGACGAAUUACUUGGCGCAUGGGAUGCCUAUUAUUGCUCCGUGGCGGAUACAUCAGGGAUCGGUAGGAUAGCCAGAGAUAGCGCCUCUAGCGACUGUGGGGAUGCGCCGAGGGCCAAUGUCGUGUCCAUAUCUUACACAUCUACGCCUGAUGUCCGCGAUUCCACGUUCCUACCCAUGCUCCAGAGGGAAUGCACCGAAAUCGGGAAGCUUGCCCUCAUGGGUGUUACGGUCAUUGCCUCUUCAGGAGACUUCGGCGUUGCGUUUCCAGAAUUUCCUGACACCUUAUGUCUUGUGAACGACAAACUCGAAAUGCAAGCACCCAACUCAACACAAUCAGCAGAUUUCGUAGCAGCGUUCCCUGCGUCAUGUCCCUAUGUGACCGCAGUAGGCUCGACACAAGUGAGCCCAGGGAAAUCGGUGCGGGAUCCCGAGACCGCAACCUUCGCAUUCCCAUCUGGUGGUGGCUUCUCCAAUGCGUUUGUUCGGCCUCGAUUCCAGAACGCUGCCGUCACCAAUUACCUCAAGCACUUUGCUCUUCCGUACGGCCCAAGUGUAUUCAACAGAUCUGGAAGGGCUUAUCCUGAUGUGUCGGCGAAUGGGUGCGUGUGGCCUACCGUAGUCGCAGUCGCCGGGAAUUUCAAUUUGACCGGAGGAACCUCUGCCUCGGCCCCUAUAUUUGCCUCUCUAAUCACCGCUGUUAAUGAUGCUCGCAUCGCAAUAGGCAAGAAACCCGUUGGAUGGAUCAAUCCUGCCCUUUAUUCACCUUGGUUCGUUGGUUCCUUCAACGACGUGACGAACGGUACGAACCCGGGUUGUGGCACGGAGGGCUUCCGUGCAUCGCCUGGUUGGGAUCCCGUCACGGGGCUGGGUACGCCCAACUUUGAGCGCUUGCUGGCCAACUUCCUUCUCUUGCCUUGA